ACCGCGCGCGCGGGCCAUGUCCGCCUUCUGCCUGGGCUUGGCCGGCCGCGCUUCAGCACCCGCCGAGCCGGACAGCGCCUGCUGCAUGGAGCUGCCCGCCGCGGCCGGGGACGCACUCGCGAGUCCAGCCGCCGCCGCCCUCAUCUCCUUCCCCGGAGGCCCGGGGGAGCUGGAACUGACGUUAGAGGAGGAGCUGGCGCUGUUGGCGGCCGGGGAGCGGCCGUGCGACCCCGGGGAGCAUCCUCAGGCCGAGCCCGGGCCUUUGGCCGAGGGGGCCGGGCCGCAGUCGCCACCCACUCAGGAUCCCGAGCUGCUGUCGGUGAUCCAGCAGAAGGAGAAGGAUCUGGUUUUGGCAGCCAGGCUGGGCAAGGCGCUGCUCGAGAGGAACCAGGACAUGAGCCGGCAGUACGAGCAGAUGCAUAAGGAGCUGACGGACAAGUUGGAGCACUUAGAACAAGAGAAACACGAACUAAGAAGACGAUUUGAGAACCGAGAAGGGGAAUGGGAAGGGCGAGUGUCCGAGCUGGAGAGUGAUGUGAAACAGCUUCAGGAUGAGUUGGAGAGGCAGCAAGUUCACCUGCGGGAAGCAGAUCGAGAAAAAACACGGGAGGUGCAGGAACUGUCCGAACAGAACCAAAGGUUACUGGAUCAACUCAGCAGGGCAUCAGAAGUUGAGAGACAGCUCUCCAUGCAAGUCCACGCCCUCAGAGAAGACUUCCGAGAGAAAAACUCUUCAACCAACCAGCACAUCAUCCGGCUUGAGAGCCUGCAGGCUGAGAUCAAGAUGCUGUCAGACCGGAAACGGGAGCUGGAGCAUCGUCUCAGCGCCACCUUGGAGGAAAAUGACCUGCUCCAAGGGACUGUGGAGGAGCUGCAGGACCGGGUGCUGAUCCUGGAAAGGCAGAGCCAUGACAAAGACCUACAGCUGCAUCAAAGCCAGCUGGAGCUCCACGAGGUGCGGCUCUCCUGCCGGCAGCUGCAGGUGAAGGUGGAAGAACUCACUGAGGAGAGGAGUCUGCAGGGCUCUGCCACCACCAGCACAUCCCUCCUGUCAGAGAUAGAGCAGAGCAUGGAGGCCGAGGAGCUGGAGCAGGAAAGAGAGCAGCUGAGACUGCAGCUCUGGGAAGCCUACUGCCAGGUUCGCUAUCUCUGCUCACACCUUCGAGGAAACGACAGUGCUGACUCAGCCGUCUCCACAGACUCCUCAAUGGACGAGUCUUCAGAAACCUCAUCCGCCAAGGACGUGCCAGCCGGCAGCUUGCGCACUGCCCUCAACGAGCUCAAGAGACUGAUACAGAGCAUUGUGGAUGGCAUGGAGCCCACGGUGACGCUGCUGAGUGUGGAGAUGACUGCCCUGAAAGAGGAGAGAGACCGACUCAGAGUGACAUCUGAGGAUAAGGAGCCAAAGGAACAGCUUCAGAAGGCCAUCAGGGACCGGGAUGAGGCCAUUGCAAAGAAGAAUGCUGUGGAGCUGGAACUCACCAAGUGCAGGAUGGACAUGAUGGCUCUGAACAGCCAGCUGCUGGACGCCAUUCAGCAGAAACUGAACCUCUCGCAGCAGCUUGAGGCUUGGCAGGACGACAUGCACAGGGUCAUUGACCGGCAGCUGAUGGACAAGCAUCUGAAGGAGCGGAGUCUGCCGGCGUCUUCCUUCUCCAGGGGCCACGGCACAGGGCGGGGGGAUGAGCCCGGCGCUGCUGAAGGCAAACGGCUCUUCUCGUUCUUCAGAAAAAUUUAA